GUUUAAGGAAAGGGAAAGGGGUUCUCCUCUUCACUUGUGUACAACUACUACUACUACUAGUGUUGACAACGCCACUCUCUCUUUCUCUUCUCUUCUCAUAUCGAGAUCCUAAAACAAAAUGUCACUGACAGAUUCUUCAACUUUCACUCUCUUCUUCUUCUUCUUCUUCUUCUUCUUCUUCUUCCAUUCACUGAACUAAACUCAAACCACCACUUACCCUGAAAGAAGAGUCAUGACCCACCAGCAACGUCGUCGCCGUCGUCACUCAGCCGUCUGUCACCGUCAUCCUUCUUCUAAACCCACCACUGGUUUCUGUGCCACCUGUCUCCGUGAACGUCUCUCUGCCAUCGAAGCUCUCUCUUCCUCCGUACCUGAGCUCCGUCGUGCUAGCUCUUACUCCGUCCGUGACGCAUCCGCAUCCGCCUCUGUUUUCGACCAGCCACGUCGCAGAUCGUGUGAUGUUAGGUCUAAUGACGGCUCCUCUCUCCACGACAGAUUUGCCGCCGAUGAUGAUGAAGACGACGACCUGCUACAGAGCUCGAUUCGGUUCCCCAUAGUCCCAGAUUUGAAAGAAGAGGACGAAGAAGACGAAGAAGAAAUUAGGAAUUUUGAUGUCGGUAAGAGUCUGGUUGAAGAAGAAAUCGAAGAUGGAGAGAAGAAGACGAUGAAGGAGCUUAUAGAUCUGGAAUCAAGAACUCAACUCAUCAAGAAGAACAACGUCAAAGAUUCUGUUUUUAGCAGAACACUUAAGAAAUUUUCACUCAUACAUAAUGGGAAAAAAACAGGUUCCGGGAGCAGUCUCGGCCGUCGCUCAUGUGAUGUAGAUCCUAGGUUGUCUCUCGACGCAGGUCGAACCUCGUUCGAGGAGCCUAGAGCUUCAUGGGACGGAUGUUUGAUAGGCAAGACAUAUCCAAAGCUUGUUCCUUUGUCCUCUGUAACUGAAGAUGUUAAAGCCUCUCCGGAGAAGAUAACAGGUUGUAAAGAAGAUGAAGAGGAGAAGAACAAUCCUGGUGGGACAGCUCAGACUAGGGAUUACUACUUGGAUUCACGGCGGAGAAGAAGCUUUGAUCGAUCAUCUAGACAUGGAUUGCUUGAGGUUGAUGAAUUGAAAGCUAUCUCGAAUGCUAAGGUAUCACCUGAAACAGUUGGUUUGUUUCAUGGAGCUAAGUUGCUUGUUACUGAGAGGGAGCUUAGGGAUUCGAAUUGGUAUUCAAUCAAGAAUUACAAACCGGAGAGCUUGGAAUUAGCUUCUAAAGGUGUUAGUUGUGUUGCUGCUGCUGGUGAGGUGAAGAAGCAAGAUGGUUUUGGGUUGAAGAAGAGUGGGAAGAAAUGGUCUAAAGGCUGGAACUUUUGGGGUUUGAUUCACAGGAAAACAGAUACGUUGAAGAACGAAAUGAAAACCGAGCAAAGUUUGAAACUUGGAGGAAAUGCUAUGGAGGGUUCUCUUGCUGAGUCUCUGUUGAAGCUUAGGAGAGUAGCUAAAGGAGAAACCAAUGGUGAUGUUAGUGAGAAACUCAUAAGAAGCUACAGUGUUAGUGCGAGAAAGUCAUGUGAUGGUAUGUUACGUGGUGCUUCUAUUCUUAACGGCUUUGAAGGUGGGAGGAGCUCUUGUGAUGGUCUGUUCCAUGGCUCUAUUAAUGGUGUUGAGACUGGAAGACGAAGCUCGUGUGAAGAUGGAUUGUUCCAUGGUGUCGAAGGUAAACAGAAUCAUCUUCUCCAGAGAGAUGACAAGCUUGGUACUUAUUCGCCCAACAACCUCAGAAAUGGUUUGGUUAGAUUCUACUUGACGCCAUUAAACAGCCAUAUGGCCAGCAAGUCUGGUAAAAGUAGGCUGAUGAAUAGUAGUCUGAUUCCUGAUCUUUGAUUGUUCAGUUCAUGAUGGACUAUAUUGAAGCUGUGUUGUAAUUAGCAAUUACCCUGUGUGUUACUUAUGAUCCCAUUGUUCUAUAGAUAUAUGAACUAAAACCAUAUGCCCAUGUGUUGUUCUUUUUUUUUUCCCCUUCUACAUUUCAUGUGUAUUAUUAAGUAUUAACGCUCUUAAGAGUUCAAUACAAUAGUGAUUUUGUUAUAAGAUGCAACUUUUAGA